UCUCCAUCCUCUCACCGCUCACAUCUCACAACCAAGGCUUCUGCAAAUCUCACACCCUCACCUCACGGCCGGCCUUGACUAACUCGAUCACCUCACUGCAUCUCCAGCGAGGACACGGCCUCGAUCACCGUCACCGCCCCACGCCCUCAUCCGCCGUCUCCACCACCACAGUGUCGCCGCCGCUGCUUCGAUCCGCCGCCGCUGCUUCGAUCCACCGCUCCAGCCGCUGCUUCGUCCAUCAGGAGGUUUCCCAACGCUUAGCAGCAAAUGGGAGUGGUGCUCAAGGAGAUUACAAGCUUCUUCCUAGUGGCCCCAGCAAUGCAACUCAAAAUGACACCAAGGCUUCUGAAAAUAAGGAGGUCUCUAUAAUAGAAAAUGUUUGUUGGACCGAAUUUGGACUUCUUUGCUUUGUUUGGGUUGCAUUUCUCACUCUGCAGAUCAUCAAGAAUUAUACAGCAACAGGUUUUUCUGCUCAAUAGAUUUGAUCGCUUUGUGAGCACUCCGGAGAUCUUGGAACGGUUGCACACUAUAGAAUCUGAGAUUAUACAGAUUGAAGAAGCAAUCACCAUACAAGGUAACAAAUCAACAGCAUGUGUUAAUGAGGAGAAAGCUAUUGGCUUUAACAAAUCAACUCUCAGAUGCAUCCUUCUUAAAUCAACUCAAGUGGACGUGGUGUACGCCAAUUUAAAACUGCACUUCUGCAUCGGCUUGAAAGGGCCAGUAAGGAUCAACUUCCUCAAUCAGACAUAAUCAGGCCAAUAAGGAUCAUAUUUAGUAAUUUGAUUAAUUAAAUUAUUUUGUAGGUAUUUGAAGGAAAUUCGUACUCUACCAAUGAAAUAGAUGGGAUUCGAGACUUAUGAGCAAAAUAUUUUUUGGAAGAGUAUGUGUAAUUUUUGUUUUAGAUUAUAUGUUAUAUUGGAUUGAUAUAAAGUAUUGUAUUGAUA